AUGAGCGAGGUUGACGACAGCUGCGACGAUCCUUCAACUUGUAGACCUUCUCUACCUCGCAUGAAAUCUUGUUUAAAAUCUCCUUCGCAUUCUGGCUCUGCCACCCCCGUAGAAUCUGACACGGACGAUGGCACUUGCAAGAAACAUGUCGCAUUUGGAACUGAACAAGUCUUUCAAGCUGAUGAGUGGGAUAGAACACCCACUGAAAUCUCACAACGUCUCUCAUACGAGGACGUACUUGAGCUCAAGAUGAUUCAACGUUCCCUGCCUCGUGCCCAGCAGAGUCACGACCCACUUUCAUCUAGGCCUUACUCUGGCGUAUUUCUUCGCAACGUACCAAUCCCACUCCUCCCACUAAAUCCAACAACAGUAUCGGCUUCACCGGCUUCACCACCACCAACAACAGGUUAUCCAGCGCUCGACCUUCACCCAAAUUCAAUCUUAUUCGCGUCCCCGUCAAAGCAACGCUGUAGACCGAUCCAAUCAGCAGAGCUUAAACCACAUAACAUACCAGUCCCACCUCCUCCUCUCCCUCCAUCACGCACAACUCCCUCUCCUCUCCCCAUAAUAAAGAGUAACCUCCCUCCCCGAAAACGCUUUGCUUUCAUCCCUCUUUUGGACAGCACAACUGCUGGUUCAACCCAGGACCCCUUCUCAGAACCAGAAUCAUGCUAUAACUCAGACACAGACUGCUCCCUCUUCGCAUCAGAUACUGAAUUCUCCACUCCCUCUCUCACAACUGCCUCUCUCGCCUCAAGUAGCCCACCAGGGUCUCCUGCCAAUAGCAAUACUACCAGUCCAAACCUGGAAUGCGACUAUCCAGAAGAAGCCUUUAUCCUGAACUCGGACGUGGAUGAUGCUCCUGCUGAGCAUUCCUAUUAUCCCCAUAUGCACAACUCUAUGCGUGAACCUACGCGCGAUAAAUCGAUGCCUGCCUCUGCCGGCCCAAUAUCAAAUUUCUACCCACGCCGCGCAUCAUCAGUGCCCUCUCCGAUAGACUUAGGAACGAUGGAGGUCAAGCCGUUGGAUGCACCGAUGAAGCCCAUGGGUCCACCAAGGAAGAGAUUCACGAUCCCUAUCGUAGCGCUCGCCGAGUCUCCGUCUUCAUCUUUAGGAAUGGGCGGAUGCGAGUACCCCCACUUGUGGGCUGGGAGUGAUGGACAAGGAAAUAGCCUAGGGCAGGGGAAUGGACAGAGACAAAAGAGCCCUUCGCGUUGUCAGUGA